AUUAAUUCAAUAUUCAAACUUAAUAAUUUUUGGUUUUUCAUGCAUUUCUAACAUUCUGGCACAGAAAAGUAGGGUCAAGGAUGUUGCCAAAUUUGGUGAAAAUGUUUGUGAACAAUCAUGUAUGUUAGUGUUGUUUGAUAUGGAACGAAUUUAAACCAAUCAGAUAAGGUCUUGGUUAUUUGUCCUUGCUUGAACCAUGAUAAGAAUACGUCAUGAAAUGAAUUAAGACUUAUUUGUUGACUGUUGUUAUUAUUUUCUUUUUAUUCGUAUCCAUCAAUUGUUUUUCGGAAUACUUUCUAGUUUUCUAAUUAUUCAUUAUUUAACUGGUUUUAAUUUUAAAGAAACCUAUUCUAAGUUUUAUAUUUGAGUAACAGUUAUUCUAUUAAUGUAAAUCUGUAAAUAGAACACUGGUUAGUUUCAUGAAUCUAGAAAAAUUAAAUGAUAUUUUUCUAAAUCCACUUAAUUCAAAUACUUGAAUUAAAAUCACAUUGUAAACUAUGGCUUAUGUUAAUGUGGCUGAUUGGAAAUCGGAUCAAGUAGCUGAUUGGCUUAAAGGUUUGGACAGUGUUAUUUUACCAUACAUCAAAUACUUUAUUGAUAGAGAGAUCAAUGGACAAAAAUUAUUAGAUAUGCAACCCAAUGACUUAGAUAAAAUUGGUGUAUGUAAAAUUGGACAUCAAGAAUUAAUACUAGAAGCAGUAGAUCUACUUAGAAAUUUUCAUUAUGAAUUGGAUAAAGAAAAUGUACAACUAUUAGCAUUAAGACUGUCUUGUAGUGCUCACAGCUUAUAUAAAGAUAUUAAUCAAAAUUAUUUAAGUUCUACUCAAGUUCCAACUAAAAUUCUAACAGAUGUAGCCAAUACAGUAGCUAUACUAAAGCCAUUAGUUAACUGGUUAAACAGACCACCGUUUUGCGGGCAACCACAUUAUAUAAGUAUGAAAAACAGGUUGCUUAAGUUAGCUCUUGAAAUAGUAACUAGUGGACAACGUGAUCGCUUUGCUGAGAACCCAGUAGAGAAUAUUUUUGAAAUUGCUAAACAAUUAGCUCAACUUGCUGAUCUUAUCAUUCAAGAAAGUCAAGAUUCUUUAAUUUUACAGCCUGCUACUUUGGAUGUUGCAACACUCAAGAAAAGAUCUGGAGAAUCUCUGGGGUUCUAUAUUGUACCAUCAUUUCAUGGUGUCCACCAAGUAGGAGAAGUAAAAUGUAAUAGUGUUGCACAUCAAUGCGGCAAAAUUGAGGCUGGUGAUGAAAUUGUACAAGUUGAUUAUCAAACUGUGGUUGGAUGGCAAGCAAGACAAGUAAUGGCUUUGUUAGAAGAUGCAUCUACUGAUAUUUUUUUAACACUUAAAAAACGACCUCGGCAUAGCAAAGUAUUUGGGCAGAUAUAUAUGAAACCUUAUCGCUUACCUAGUAAAAAGCUAUUCAAUUAUCCACAAAGAUACUUUGAUCAACUAACUCCGCCCAGACCAAGUGAUUUAUUGACAAUUCCUAAUUUCAGUUUUCCAUUACAUAAGCAAGAUAAGAAAAUAUCAAAAAUUCAAGAGAGUCAACUUAUAAGUGGUCAUUUAUUGAGUCCACCACCAGUUAUUCAUUCAAAUGGACGUUCAAUUUCUCCUGAAAUUUGUUCACAUAGUAACAGUAGUAGUGGUGAUGAAAGUGAACUUGAGAGUGCCAAUUGCUCUUCACCUACUUCUGUUAGACUUUAUCUUCCAAAACCUCAUAUACCUGUUCAAAGACGAGCUACUAUAAGUGGAGCUAGUCCUAUUGGAAAACAUGCACCAUUCAAUUUUGAUCAGUUUUGGAACGAGUUAAAACAAGAAGCUCAUAACAGUAAAAAAAAUAGUGAAAAAUGUAAUAGUGAGAUGCAACUUAGUAAACGUUCUAAGCCAACAAAAGUUCAAUGGACAUCAUUACCACCAAAUGAAGUGAUUAAUGAGAAACAUGAAAGUCAAACAUUUUCUGACAAAAAAUUUGCUGAUACAUCUAUUAAAGAUGAUGUCUUGAAAAGUAGUAAUUUAGUAUCUUUAAAAGAACGAAUCAAUCAAUUGAAAAUUAAUAAUAAUAAUAAUCCUGAAAAUGUUACUAACAAAAAACCUAAAAUAAUGCCAAAACCAAUUAUUUCUAAAGUUUCUCAACCAAUAGAUAAUCCAAUAGUUACUAAAGUACGUGGAAAACUAGACAAAAGUUACAGCACUCCAUCUUAUGACUUUUCAACAGAUGUUAAUCUUCAUGAUGAUUUUGAGUAUUUUGAUUCCGAUUUAAGAAUGUCAAUUGAAGAUGUAAACAAUUAUGAUUCAAAAAAAGUUACCAAUAGUUGUGUAAAUGAAGACAAAAUUAAAAGACUUGAUAAACCUAUUCUAGUUUUUCCCAAACCACCUUCUCCAAGAAAUGAUGAUGAUAUUACUUUUGAGACAGAGUCAAAAAUUGAUAGUAUUAAAUGUAUAAACAAAUCAGUAAAGCCAAUUUUAUAUUUUCCAAAACCUCCACCACCCAAGACUGAAGACAUAGACUCUACAAAAAUGAAAGAUAAUAAUAUAAUUGAUAAUUUUGAGUAUGAGCCUCAAGAUAAAAGUAGAAUUAUAGACCAAUUAAAUUGUACAGUUUCAGAAUCCAGUAGUGGAUUUUCGUUUGAUUCAAAAACUGAAGAAUCUUUAGAAAAUUCAAAUAAAUGUUACUUAGAAAACCAAAAUGGAAAUAUCUUAGGUUAUAAUAAUAUUGCAACCCAUUCAUCUCAAGAUACAGUUCCAUGUAUGGAUUCUCCAAUAUAUUCAGUAAACCGAUAUAAAAAUAAAUUUUAUUUAAAUAAAAAACAAGAGCCACAGGAUUAUUUAAAAAAUUCAUUUUCUGAUUUAUCCGAUGCUUGCCCUCCAUUAUCAUUAACUGACCUUAGUGGUAGCGAUGAUAAUAUUUUUCGAGUAGAUACCAAAGACAAUAUAUCAUUACCAUCUGAAAGAACAGCUAUCAUAACUCAUCAAGCUGUUCUUAAUGCUCCAGCUACAUUUCCUAGACAAAAAACUGAAGUCAAAAAAUCUCAGCCUCCUAUACCACCUCCUAGACCAUCCAAACCUGCUGAAUUGCCUAAAAGAACCAGCUAUAGAGCUAUGCUUGGUGCUAAAGCUAUUGGGAAAAAAGAAAACAAAGGGCAGAAACAAUUAUUUCAGAAAAAUCCAUUGAUAGCUAAACGCCGAAAUAUAAGUGCUAAAGAAUUAGGAGCUUGCGAAUAUCAAGGAUGGCUUUAUCAAAGAUCUAAAAAAAUAUCUCCUCGAAUGCAAUGGAUUAAAGGAUGGUUUAUUAUAAAAGGAACAACAUUUUAUGGAUUUAAUAACAAAGAAUCCUUAAAAGCUCGGCUUAUGAUCAUAUUAUCUGGUUUUACGGUGUCUAUUGCUGAUGAAGUUAAAUCAAGAACUAAUGCUUUUAAAGUGUAUCACAUGGGAACAAUGUUCUAUUUUGCAGCUGAAACACCAGAUGAUUUAUCAAUGUGGUUAGAUUGGUUUUCAACUGCUACCAUUGCUGAUGGACAUAAUUCAGAUAUUGUAGCUGUUAGUGAGACUGAUGGUGAAGAAGAUGAAAAUUUACACGGCAAUCAUGAUUUUCAAGAAACAUUUGUAUCAAAAACAGACACAUUGCAUGAUACUUCGUUUACAAGUUCAGCUUUUAAAAAUAUUUCUACAUUUCUUCACCUGGGAUCUUAUUCAAAUCCUAGUACAAGCUCUAAUAAAACUAAAAGUGACAAGAGUUUUCAUUCAUUAAAAAAACAACAAAAAAAAAACUUAGCAAAAGAAGAUCAAGCAAAAGGUAGCAGCUUAGACCGAAAACAUUGGAAAUUUUUGGGUAUGAUUGGACGAGAUUCAAGUGAACCAGUUCCUACUUCUCAAUAUCGUAGUUACCGAAGAGUACCUCCAACAGUUUCUAAAUCAGAUAUAUCUGUUCUCUCCAACUCCUAUACUCAGAACUCUGAUAUGUAUCCUGUACCUCAAAUUAAUCAUAAUCGUCCUGCGGAUAUGGUUGAUUAUCGAUUAGCUUCAAUUACCAAAACUGAUAAUACCCAAAGACGAAGCGAUUCUACAAAUAGUUCUGAGAUGACUUUAGAAUCUUUCAUGCAGUCUCGCCAAGAUGAAAGACGUGUACAACACCCACAUAUUGCUAUGCGUGUACCUCAAUACAUAGCUCCACCACCACCACCUGGCAUUAGAGAAGAUCAAAAUCAACAGUUUUUAGAUCAAGCCAGUUUCAGAAUUGCUGCAGAAAGUGAACCUCGAUCAAGACAACCGAUCACUGCAUUGACUAGUGUUGAACACAAUUACAAUUUAAGCAUAAUGUCUCCCUGGAUAAAUGAAGGCUCUACUCAUUCAAGUGAUUUUAAUGGCAAUAGAAAUAAUAAGACUUUUCCUUACCCUCGUGAUGGUCCAUAUAUGCCUCAAUUAUCUGAAUUACAUGAACACCAUCUAUAUUCCAAUCGAUAUACUGUUGAUCAAACAAGUGAUAAUGAAUCUUUAGAAUAUCCACCUGUUUUUGAACCAGAAACCUAUCCAUUAACAGAUAUACAUACAAGAAGACGAGAUCGAUCAAAUAACAAUUAUGAAAUAGAUCAUCCUCCAGGAAAUAGUAAUAAUUAUAGGUGAUUAAUUUAAAGGUGUAUGU